AUGCCCGUGCCCACCAUCUUCUACCUCUUCGAACACGGCCCGCCGCAGUGGCUGCGCGACCGGGCCGUGCCCCUCGCGCUGGCGCUCGCCGCGCUGACGCUGCUCUACCUCGUCAAGCGCUACGCCGCGGGCCAGACCUACGCGACGACCAAGCUCAUGCACGGCAAGGUGGUGCUCAUGACGGGCGCGACGUCGGGCGUCGGCGCCGAGGUGGCGUUCGAGCUCGCGCGGCGCGGCGCCCAGCUCGUGCUCCUCACCCACGCACCCGUGGCCGACCCGUUCGUCAUCGAGUUUGUCCAGGAGCUGCGCGACCGCAGCGGCAACCAGCUCAUCUACGCCGAGCACGUCGACCUCGCCAGCCUGCACAGCAUCCGCCAGUUUACGACGGCCUGGAUCGACAACGCGCCCCCGCGCCGCCUCGACAUGAUUAUACUGUGCGCCUCGACCAUGACGCCGCCGGGCGGCGCCCGCCGCGAGGUGGAUGGCAGCGGCGGCAUCGAGGAGAUGUGGAUGGUCAACUACCUCGCCAACUUCCACCUGCUGGGCAUCCUCAGCCCCGCGAUCCGCGCCCAGCCGUUUGACCGCGAGGUGCGCGUGGUGGUGGCGACGUGCUCGUCGUACAUUGGCGCGCCGUCGCUGCGCGAGGAGCUCCGGCCGGAGACGUGGACGGCGGGGCGCGCCUACGGCCGCAGCAAGCUGGCGCUGACCGUGUUCGGCCUGGCGUUCCAGAAGCACCUCGACGCGUACCAGCGGCCGGACGAGAUGCCGAUGACGGCGCGCGUCGUCUUUGCCGACCCGGGCCUGUGCCGCACCCCGGGCACGCUGCGCUGGCUGACGCGCGGGUCGCUGACCGGGCUGGUCCUCUACGGGCUCGGGUACCUCGUGCCGUGGCUGCUGCUCAAGUCGGCGUCGGGCGGCGCGCAGUCCCUCCUCUACGCCGCCAUGGAGUCGGACCUGGCGCGCAAGACGGGCGGCCGCCUGGUCAAGGAGUGCUCCGAGGUCGACUUUGCCCGCGCCGAGGUCCGCGACGAAGAGGUCGCCAAGAAGCUCUGGGAGGAGAGCGACGCGCUGAUUGAGCAGACGGAGAAGGCGCAGGCUAAGCGCCGGGCGCAGCAAAAGGCGACCGAGGACAGCAAGGAGGAGAGGAAGAGGGAGGAGGAGCAGGUCAAGGAGAUUGAAAGCCUCAUGGCGGCGGUGAAGAAGGGGAAGAAGCAGCAAAAGGCAAAGGAGAGCGAGAAACAGGGUGGCAAGGCGAGAAGACGGGUCAAAUAA